AUGCUCGAUCUAAACAACGAAGGACACACUACAGCGAAAGAAGAUGACGCAAAACAGAAUCUAAAAGCCAUUGACGCAGUCGUAGACGAACCUGACAACACAACAACAUCAUUGGAGGAAGGGGAUGCUGAUAAAAUGGACACGGCUGAAGAAUCAAACAACGGAGGUACAGCGAGCGGUGACCAUCUUUCGGGGCAGGAAAAUGGAGAUGACUCGUCUAGUGCAGAUGUAGAGAUGGUAGAUGCGGAAGAAAAACCGAUAAAUGCGCAAGAAGGCACCAACGGGGGACAAAAACGGGUUCAAAAAGCUGCUGGACCAUCGGAUGCUGCAGCCUCUACUUCCCAACCUCCUCCUCCUGUUUUGAAGGGAACGCUAUCGUACAAUGUGGAAUUGAGGCGUCAUUUAAUUCGUGGAAUGUGGAAUUAUGAAAACUCUAGUGCCUUUCCGCAUCAACGAUUUGAGCUCCUUCGAAAUCUAGAUCAGACAGAGGAUCCAAAGGAGCUUCCAAAGGACGGUGAAUUUCAUGGUUCAUUCAGCCUCGCCUACUUUCACACGACCUCGAAAGGGAAACAAAAGGAAAGAAGCAAGGUCAUUACAGAGACUGGUGUCAAUAUUACGUUCAGAAAGCUUGAAGAUGAUGAAGGUUCAUUUAAGGUUGACGGCAGAGGAACCAACCAAUUUGGCAUCUUUCACAUCAAUGGGACGGCCAAACCAAGUCCUCAUGGCGAUGAUCAAUACACAAUUAUUCUAAGAAAAAGAUAUGAACCAUCGAGUGCGCCAGCACCUGCGGUACCUACAGAGAGCGACGGGAUGAAAAAGUCAAAAAAGAGGAAAAUGGGUGGAGUGGCAGGUAAUUCUGGCGGGAACGGAGAGAACAGCCCAUUACCUCCGCCAUCUCAAUCAUAUGAUAAGAAUGUGGUGUGUUUGCAGGGGAAACUUUACAAAGAAGAGUCACAAGACUUAGGCCUUGGGGAGAUUGUUCAUCGCAUCCACGGAAUGUGGUCGUCUGGCCUUGACCUUGUAUUGGCAGACCCUCAAAACGUGAAGGGAUUGUGCAAUCGAUUCGAAUACGAACACAAGAGCUCGGUUCGUAGUAAUACCUUCCCUGUGUCGGGGAAAUACACUGGCUGGUUCGACUUGAAUCAAGAAGAUGGAUCAAAAUCAAAGAUCGUAGAAAAAGAUGUUACCUUGAAAUUCCGAAAGAACAGCGCCGGCUACCACAACGUUGAUGGACGAGGAAGCAACUACUUUGGAAAAUAUACGAUUACGGGGACCCUUACAAAUGACAAUGUGAUUACGAUCUUUCGUCACUUCAAGCCUAUCAAGCUAAAAGGACCAAACAGACCAGUAACAUCAGCGCCUCCGCCAUUGAACACUCCGGGACAAUCACGAAAGCCAUCGGUACCAGCCACGCCAGAGCCGCAGCUCAAAUUAGACGAGGUAGUAGUUCCACAGGGGGACGAUCCAGUGGAUGCAUUAACGCCUCCCGAGAAUCCAUCUUAUUCGGCGGUCUCUCGAGGUGUCCUCAGAUUGAAUGAUGAUGGGUCCCACAGUUGCCAAGGAAAAUGGGCUGUAACUCGCGAGCAUUUCACAAACGGGCAAACGAGUAGUUUCACGUUCCGAUUGGAAGCACACCAUGCAAGUGAUGCUGGAAGUGAUCGUCCAUUCCCAUUAGAUUCUGCGAUGUACAAGGGCUCUUUUCAAUUGAAAAAGGGAGUUUCGCGGUAUCAGACUAUCGUUGAUCAGCAAAUUGUAAUGAAAUUCAAGAAAAAUAAGGCAGGAUCUUUCAAUGUCUAUGGCAAAGGAGUCAAUGCAAUUGGGGUUUUUAAACUAACCGGGACGCUCAUCACUACAGGACGAAGUGGGGGUCAAAUCGAAGUAUACAGAAUCUAUCAGCCGCAAACGCAACCGCCUGCGAAGAUGACUUCAAAGCCAUUGGAAGUUCCCUCAGGUCCUAUUUCCUCCGGAAAAAGCACUGUAUCAUCACUUCCGACUGCUCCACAACGGGCUGGAGUGGCGCGACGAGAGUCUUCACGUCUUGUGAAGGUUCCUUCAAGGCUUGAAGACGACGACCCAAAGGCGCAGCUGAACAGGAUAAACGACAAGUGCGGGCACAUUCUUCAUUUCAUACGGGAGAAAGAUGUGGAGCGUGGUGCAUUUUUCAGUGAACCUGUAGAUCCUGUAGCUCUGGGCAUCCCAACGUAUUAUCAAGUGAUUUCUGAACCAAUGGAUCUACGCACGCUGCAAAGAAAGGUUGAUGCUGGUGAAGUUUCUUCGCCAGAAGAAUUCGGACGGCUGGCUCGUCUUGUUUUUGAAAAUGCCAUGACGUUUAACAUUGAUCCAACACAUUCCGUCCAUCAAGCAGCAAGGAAUCUGCUCAUCCUUUUCAAUCAGAAAUUCCGCGAUGUUGAAAGGCAACUGACAACACUGCGGCGAAAUCAAAAGGGCGACAAAAAGGGCGGGGAGAAGAAAAGAAGAAGAGGAGCAGAAGAGAAUAAGAGCCCAAAACGUAGACGUCUCGACGAAGCACAAGAAAUGGCUACUGCAAACUCGAACGCACUCUCUGCAAUCGUUGCAGCUGCUCCAAGUGGAGCUAAUGUCAAUGUCACAAGAAAUGAGUUCAAUAUCAUGCUUCAGAUGAUUCGGGAUUUGCAAAAGCAAGUUGUUCAAACUUACACUGUACUUGCGAAUUCGAUGUCAGACGAGCCUGAGAUUGUUGCGAAUACAUACGAGAUCCCUUCAGCCCCAGUGGUGGAUUUCGAAAUGCCUCCUGCUCCGAAGAAAACCACCAAGAAGAAGCAGGAACCGAAGAUCGAAAAGCCGCCUGAAGAAGACCUCCGGCCACUCACGUUAGCAGAACAAGAGCUUCUUACAGAGACAAUAAACGAUCUGCCGACAGACAAUCUCAAUGGUGUGAUUCAAAUCAUCCGAGAAGCUGCCAAACUUUCUGGUGAUGAAGAUGAAAUUGAUUUGGAGAUAGACCAACUGGAUACCGCAACACAACGAAAGCUACUUCGCCACGUUUCAAAGUUCAUCAAGAAACCGAAGGGAUCAAAAGCAAGAGCUCCAAAGAAGAAAAUUACAGGCCAAGCAAAAAGACAGACACCUAACAAGAAGGCCGCGAAAGCUGAAACGCCAACUCUUGCCAAACCGAAAGCAGACCCCAAUUCAUUGUUUGCUUUUGGUGCGAAGGACGACAGUGAAUCAGAAUCCGAAGGGGAGAUCAGCGCUCCGGCAAGUACCCAAGCUCCCGAAGCUCCAGCUCCUUCCAAAAUUGUGGCCGAGGAAAGCUUUAACCUUGGAGAUGGUUUCGGUGCUGGCGAAGACGACUCUGAUGAAGAGGAUGGCAAUGAUGAGAUGACGAACGGUGCAGCAACUAGUUGGAACAUUGCAAAACCAGAAAAUGAAUCCACGAAGGAAGGUAUUGACGAUGACGAUGACUGGGGAGCUGCCAAAAAGGAAGCGGUGGCCUCUAAGGCCCGAGAGGAAGACAAAAAGAAGAGAGAAGAGAAAAUGAUCGCUGAAGCAGAGCAGGCGAAGAAAGAGCGACUUGCAGAGGCAGUAGAGAGAGGAGAGGAAAUCAAGCGGAGAAGGGAGGAAGAGGAAGAAGCAGAGGCUCGUCAGCGAGUAGAAGAAGAAAAAGAGGCCGAGGAAAAGCGGAACAAAGCCAGAGAAGCGGUUCGCGCGGAGUUGGGUUCAGUAGAGCAAACUGUUGAUCUUGACGCCCAACGAGAUAUCAUGAAACAGUAUGAGCAAAACUUUGAAAAGGAGCUUGCGGGAAGUGCAAGUCCCUCUUCAGAUUUUGGCUUUUAA